AGCAGCAGUAGGGCCUCGCCGGUCGAAAGGUUCAAGGAUCCUGUGAAUCACUCUUUUCAACCUCACACAUCUAUUCAUCAUGGAGAACGACAAGGGUGCCCUCGUGGAUCUUUACAUCCCCAGACAUUGCUCUGCGACCAACCGUCUCAUCACUGCCAAAGACCACGCUUCUAUCCAGAUCCAGAUCGCCGAUGUCGACGCCGAUGGAAAGGCCAUUAAGGGAAAGUCUACUACCAUCGCCAUCUGUGGACGAGUGAGAGCUCAGGGAGACUCGGAUGACUCUAUCAACCGAAUCGCUCAGAAGGACGGUCUGCUGAAAAACGUCUGGACCUACUCUCGUUAGGACAGUGUAGCGUUUGGGCUUGAUGCAUUGAUACGCGGAAAUGGUGGAAGCCCGACAUACU